AUGAUUCCUACGACCACCGGUGUCAUCAAGGGCUCGAUUCGCUGGAUGGCACCCGAAGUAUACGCAUUUUCGACUGGAACCGUUGAGAAGAAUGCGAAGGAAGACAGAACACCUCGAGAUAUUUAUGCUUUCGCGUGCACGGUGCUCGAGAUCUUGACGGGGAAACCUCCUUUUUCCGGUCUUAUUGACCCGGCUGUCUUCUAUCAAGUUAGCGUUCGUCGGAUGAGACCAGAGAGACCUUCCGAAGGCUGGUGUCCCAACCACAUAUGGAACCUCGUCGAAUUAUGUUGGGAUGAGGAUCCGUUAAAACGACCUAGAACGCAUACGUACCUGCAGCAGAUAAUGCUUUCAGGCAAUCCUGACCCUGGAGGCCCUGGCUUUAAAUCGGAAGGACCUGGAACACCUAUACCACUCGACACCUCCCCUCAUCAAUUCGAUAAAUCACCACUCAUAGACUACACAGAUAUACUCGGCGACACUUCUGAAGACGAGUUCAAUAUUUUCCCUAUCGAUGACAGUCCUUACCUGAAUGCUCUUAGCACUGAUAUCAAGAAGCUUGUUCGAGAGUGGGAGAUUGUUGCACCGGCACAGCCGCGAACAUGGAUUGAAGAGAUGGUGGAUGCCAGUGGUGUUCAUGAAUGUCUGCGAAACGAAAAUCAGAAUUCUGGAGGAGUUGGAAGAGCUAGAAAUCACAAACGUAAUUCGAGGGCGAGGCGCAUUGGGUAG